AUGCCUGUCCAAGCUGCUAAAAGAAGACUGAGCCCAUCGUCUGUCCACCGUGCCCGCCAGGCCUCAUUUAACCAGACUAGGCCGAGCGCUGCGUUCCAAGUCCGCAGGUCAAGCGCCAGAGCCCGGCCGACUUGCCCGCCCAGCUCCCGGGGCGGGGCCUCGGCCCAGGUGCGCGGCGGAGGCGCUUCGCGGAGGCAGGAAGUGUGUCCCCAGCGGCGGCCCGUGCACCGCUCCCGCGAGACGCUCACCUGCGCCCCAGGUGAGCAGCGAGGGGGGGCGGGGGGAGGGGCCGAGCUGGAGGCGGCUCACCUGGCGGGACAGGUAAGCCCCGCGCGGGCCCGAGGGGGCGCGAAUCAGGGCGGCACCAGUGUGGAAAGACCCCCCUCCCGAGGCUACAGCCGGGCGGGCGAGGGUCCCGUGGCCGGUUCCUCUGGGGCCACCCUCCCACUUCCGGGGUGCGCGGGCCGGGCCCGGCCAGGGAGCGGCCUGAGCGGGCGCCUCGGCUGGGUGGGCAGACUGGGGGUGAGGGGGCCGGGUUCGCCCUUAGGGUGGCUCUGGCUUGAGGUGGGAGCCGUGCUUGCUGGGGAGGAGGGGGCGGGCGGGGAGAGGGGGCCAUGCACAGCCCGAGGGGCUGUGUCUACGGCUGGAUCCUCCCGCGGGCGGAGGGCCCCAGCAGCCGGAGAGGGUGGUGCUUGCCCCGAGGGCACCGCUGGUGUAGGGGCUGUGUUAGCCCGAGCGGCAGAACCGGGAUCUGGUUCUCCCUUGCCCCCAGGACUAGGUGCCCGAGGGGGCGGGAAUCGGGGGGCUGAGACUUUGGGGCCGGAGAUCAAGGGUGCACAGAUGCCCAGGCACGCGAGUCGACGGCUGUUUUGGUGA